AUGGCCGACUCGGCGAUCUUGCCGUCCUCCCGGUUAGGCUCCGGGGUUUCAGAGGGCAUGCCUCCUGAUAAUGAAGUCGUCGGGCCCCUCCCCGAAACCGAUACGAAAAAGAAAGGACGCGAGAGAUUGCUUCAAGGCCUUCAACGGAUCUCGUCCUCGCCCUCCCUCGCCCGCUUGAGCCGUCCAAGGUCCGCAAGCAGCCCUUACAGCAUGGGCUCCCUUUCCUAUGCCAGUCUCUCCUCUGUCCCGUCGCCUCUUGGUCAACCGAGUGCAAGUUCCUACUACUCCCAGACAUCAUGCGCGAACCCUUCUAGCGCCCCGACGUCAAUCCCUGGCAGCCCUACGACAGAAGAACCACCGGAGUACAUCUGCGUCAAUGAUUCCCACCUGAGUUCAAAGGUCAAACUGGCAGGAAAAUUAAAAGCGAAAGAAAUCAAUUUAUGGAAGGAUCUGCCUCAUGAACUCAAAAUUCACGUCUUGUCGUUCUUACCCCAAAAGGAGCUUGUCCGUAUCUCUCGGGUGUCCAAGGAGUUCCACAACAUGUGUUUUGAUGGCCAGUUGUGGGCUCGCCUGGACGCUUCAGAGUUCUACCAAAAGAUACCCGCUGAAGCUCUCGCAAAGAUCGUCCUCUCCGCGGGCUCCUUUGUCCGAGAUUUGAAUCUCCGGGGCUGCGUCCAAGUGGAACACUAUAAGAAGGCCGAAAAAAUUGCUCAGGCCUGCAAUAACCUUCAGAGAGCGACACUUGAAGGGUGCCGCAACUUCCAGCGACCAACCUUGCAUAGCCUGAUUCGAGCCAACCCGAGACUUGUUCACCUGAAUCUCACAGGGCUUCCAGCAGUUACAAAUGUUACCUGUAAGGUGAUAGCCAAGUCCUGCCCACAACUAGAGUACUUGGAUGUGUCUUGGUGCAAACAAAUGGAUUCAACAGGCGUCAGAUUUAUCAUUAAUGAUUGCCCCAACUUGAAAGAUCUCAGGGUCCGCGAGAUUGAAGGUUUCAAUGACCCCAUUGUGGCCGAAGCGAUCUUUCGAACAAACAACCUCGAGCGCCUUAUCCUUGCCGGCUGCGAGGACCUGACAGAUUCUGCCCUCCAGAUUAUGCUUAGAGGGCAGCAUCCCGAAAUUGAUGUUCUCACCGGACUCCCGGUUGUUCCCCCACGCAAGCUCCGUCAUCUUGACUUGUCAUGCUGCAACCGUCUGACCAACAAUGGGGUCAAGGCUCUUGCCCAUCUAGUUCCCAAUCUUGAGGGCCUCCAGCUAUCGGGUGUUACGCGCCUCACUGAUGCCGCCCUGGAACCGAUUCUGGCGACUACCCCUCGUUUGACACACCUCGAGCUCGAGGAUAUCCAAGGGCUUACCAACGCUUUGUUUUCCCAGCAUUUGGUUAAGGCACCAUGUGCUCCAGUCCUGGAGCAUCUCAGCGUUAGCGGCUGUGAACGCCUAGGUGACUCGGGCUUGCUUCCGCUCUUCCGGAAUUGCACCAAUCUCCGAAGCGUCUACAUGGACAAUACUCGAAUCAGCGAUCUGGUCUUAGCAGAAGCCGCAGCAAUGGUAACUGCUCGCUCGGCUCGUAUCCUUCAAAGCCGGCCUCAACCUACAUCCAACGAUUCAUCUAGCCACAUCCUCCCCGUCGUGGGUUUGAGGCUUGAGGUCUACGAUUGUCCCCUUAUCACGUGGACCGGCGUCCGUGAAAUCAUGAGCCGCAACACGGAAGUCCCCCGCUUGCCGAAGAAGCAGACAACAAAAGAUGACUCCAACACCAACUCCGAUGCUACCAACUGUUCGGCCGAACAGCCGACCGUCCAGCCAUGCAACCAUUCUUAUCCUGCUGAAAUCAUCUCUCUUAAAUGCUUCUACGGGUGGCAGAUGACAGUAGACGAGCACACAAAACGUGUCCUGGACGGCAAGCUCAUGGCAGCGCGACGUCUGGAACGGCUUUGGGCAAACUAUAUGCAGGCGAACGAGGAAGCUGGAAUUGAUGGCUCUGGGGCCAGAAGGAGACGCAGGCGGGUGAGAGCUGCGCAGCAGGUGCACGACCAGGAUGCUGGAGAUGGAGGAAAUGGUGCUGGAGGUGUGGGAAAUGAGACUGGAGAUGGGGGACCCAGGAGGAGGGCGAGGACUACAGCUUGUAUUGUCAUGUGA